CAUUUUCAAAACUUAAAAAUAUGGAGAAAAUCACUAAAUAUAUAAAUGGACCGAUGGGAUCAAAAUUUGAAGAAAACUUAAAACAACAGUGGAUUAAUUUUCACAUGUCAAGUUGCGAUUAUGGAUUUUUUGCACUUUUUAAUAACAAUCCAGGAUUUUCAUCAAAAAAUCUAUUGCAUAACCUCCAUGAAAUAAAGCAUUUAUGUAAUUCCCAAAUACCGAUAGGUUUUCUUAUUAAUAAUACAAGUUCUCUUGGAAAGGCCAACAUCGAAGGACCUGUUUUACAAAGUUUAUUAUUCACAUCUCCAAUCAACUCACAACACUUGUACUUUCAGUGGUUGAGGCAAAGAAAAAUUUGGUGGAGCCGGUUUUCAGUUUAUCCUGGGCAUAUUUUAAUACAAGAUCUACUUAAUAAUGAAGGGGAUCAAAAUUUUAAUGACUGCUGUCCACACCAACUAAAUUCUUUAAUUAAUCUUAAACUACAGAAUAUUAAUAUAGUUGUAAAAAUAGAUGAACAAAACUUGCCUAUCGAAACAAUUGGAUUAUAUGAACAAGAUAGCAAAAGAGGAUUAUAUAUGCAAGAUAAUUCUGGUGAAACACUUCCACAUAUCAUUAUAAGUUCUAUUAACUUAAGGCAAAGCUGCAUAGGAAUCCUUAGAGAAUGUCUUGAUGCAAGUAAUAAUUUGAUUCUUCAUCAUAAUCUCGCACCUUUUCAGUACAGAAUCAUUUGCGAAUGUAUAGACAUGGAUGAUGCAAAUGAGUUGAUAGAUUUGGGACAAUACUUAUGUGGUUUGUUAAGAAAGGCACAUAUUUCAACAUUAUUUACAAAUAAUAAUAAUUUAUCGUUAAAUGAGGUUUUAAAACAAAGUGAUCAAAUAGGAAUACCAUAUUGCUUAAUACUUCGUAGUAAUUCAUUAAAAAAUGGAUUUGUGUACUUGCGUAAUAGAGAUACAACAUUAGAGGAACAAAUACAUGUUUCAGACAUACCAAAAUAUUUAGAAAAACUGUGCAAGAAAUAAUUGACAAUAUUUAAAUGCUGAUAACAGAAUUAAUGGGUCUUCGUUCUCAUAAAUCUCAUAACAAAUAUGAGAUUUACAGAUUCCAUUGUAUCCUUUGCAUAUACAUGUUGUCAAUUGCUAAAUAUAUAAUUCAUAUAUGUAUG